ACGCGACCGGGGAACCGGCAUUUAGCACGGUGACAAGACGAGUCCCAGGGGCACCCCCAGGCCACAGGCGACCUGCAGAGCCUCUUGGUUACGUCGUCUCACAGCCCCGCGGGGUCCCUGAGCAGAGAAAGAGGCACCCCGGCUGACCCUCGCCAGGAUGCCGGCGACCCAGCGCCCUUCCCAGCCCCAGGGAGGAGAAGAGAAGAGGAAAGGAUUGCUCCCAUCAGCCUAACUGCUUCACCACCCAGGGAUGGAGUGCCGCCACUCAAUGUCAUCCUAAGAUCCCCAGUGUGGAGCAUGUUCCAAGGGAAUCCAUUUUCUGUGACACCCCUGGCUUCUGCAUUCCUGAAGUCGCAGCCCCAGCAGGCCUGGUCCCUUGAAAUGGACGUUCCUCGGGCGCCCUCUGGAGGACCGUGGAGGUAGCCGUCCGCGAAUGCCGAGCGAUGGCCACCGCCGCCCUGGGGAACGGGACACUACAGACGCAUUACAGCUACGUGGGGAAGCUGGAGGGCCGGCUGAAGGACUCCUCCGAGAGCAACACGCUCACCACCGUGUUCGCCCUGGUCAUCUGCAGCUUCAUCGUCUUGGAGAACUUGAUGGUUCUGAUCGCUAUCUGGAAGAACAAUAAGUUUCACAACCGCAUGUAUUUCUUCAUCGGCAACCUUGCUCUCUGCGACCUGCUGGCCGGCGUGGCCUACAAGGUCAACAUCCUGAUGUCAGGCAAGAAGACGUUCAGCCUGUCGCCCACCGUCUGGUUCAUCAGGGAGGGCAGCAUGUUCGUGGCACUGGGCGCGUCCACCUGCAGCUUGCUGGCCAUCGCCAUCGAGCGGCACCUGACCAUGAUCAAGAUGCGACCUUAUGAUGCCAACAAGAAGCACCGCGUCUUCCUGCUCAUCGCCAUGUGCUGGCUCAUCGCCUUUUUGCUGGGCUCCCUGCCCAUCCUGGGCUGGAACUGCCUCCACAACCUCCCUGACUGCUCCACCAUCUUACCCCUUUACUCCAAAAAGUACAUCGCCUUCCUCAUCAGCAUCUUCAUUGCUGUCCUGGCCACCAUCGUGAUCCUGUAUGCACGCAUCUACUGCCUGGUCAAGUCCAGCAGCCGCAAGGUGGCCAGCCAGCACAACUCGGAGCGCUCCAUGGCCCUGCUGCGCACCGUGGUGAUCGUGGUAGGUGUGUUCAUCACCUGCUGGUCCCCGCUCUUCAUCCUUUUCCUCAUCGACGUGGCCUGUAAGGUGAAGGAGUGCCCCACCCUAUUUAAGGACCGCUGGUUCAUCGUACUGGCUGUCCUCAACUCUGCCAUGAAUCCGAUCAUCUACACACUGGCCAGCAAGGAGAUGAGGCGUGCCUUCUUCCGUCUGGUGUGCACCUGCUUGGUCAGGGGCCAGGGGGCCCGUGCCUCGCCCGUCCAGCCAAAUCUCGACCCCAGCAGAAGCAAAUCAAGCAGCAGCAACAAUAGCAGCCACUCCCCAAAGAUCAAGGAGGACCUACUCCACACGGCUGUCUCAUCCUGCAUUGUGGACACGAGCAAAACACUGCACAAUGGGAUCCUUUGCAAGUGAACCGCCACGCGGCUCACUGUGCGGCCCCAUCUUAUUUAUUCCAUGUGUGACUGCAUCUGCGUGGGCCUUCUUGUGGCUGCUUGGUGGAUGCCCACUGGUCUGCCUUGUAGACACACUGCUAGGGAGGGGGCCUCGGGAACUGCUAGCCAUGGAGGACAUCAUGCCUUGUCUGUUGGAGGCUGCAGGGACUUGGAAUUUACGAAGUUGCUAACAUCAUCCACUCCUUCCCAUUUAAUCACAGAGCCUACUGUUCUCGAAGAGGGCAGUCAGGGACCAUACCACACACACACAGAGAACCUUGUGCCUCUGGGUGACACGCGUCACAGCAUGUA